UUAGAUUUCUACUUUUCCCCGUCAAAAUCCCUAUUAAUCGACGAUCCUUCAGUUUAAGUCAUGGAGAAGGAGGUUGAGGGAAGUUCAGCAGACGCCGUGGCAAAAGGGCAUGAUCAGACUCAGCAGACGCCAAAACCAUGGCACUCGUACAUUUCAGACGAUUUGCCUCGCUCAUUCACUGAAUCAACAGAUGCUGCUAUUCGCUCAGCGCGCUCUCUUCAUCACGAUUCGUCUACUCGUCUUCGUGGUUUGCAGGAUAUUAUUCCCGAAAUUAAGCUCCGAAUUUUCAACUAUGAAGAUGUUCUAUUCAAAAAGUGUAAAGAUGGGUUGGCCAUUGGGUUACAAAACCCAACUAUGACUGUAGGCCUUGGUUUGGCUGCCAGCUUUCUCUUUAUCAGGGGUCCCAGAAGGUUCUUGCUUCGCCAUACUGUGGGUCGAUUUCAAAGUGAAGAGGCACGGUUUGUUAAAGCUGAGAAAAAUGUAAAGAUGCUGAAUUUGUCAGUUGAUUUAAUGAAGAAGGAGAGCAGGAAAUUGCUUGAAAGGGCAACACUUGCUGAAAAGGAGAUGACAACCGGACAGACUGAUCUAAUGAAUGCUGGAAAACAACUUCGAUACCUAGCCAAAUCUGUGGAUCAUGUUGAGACUCAAGCAGCAGAUGUAGUGAAUCUACUACGAGAGAUUCCAGGCAGGGAGGCAUUGCAACUUCGAGCAGAGGUUGCUUCAGUGGCUUCACUUCUUAAGCAGCAAAGAGCUGGUAUGGAAAAGAGGAUGAUCAAAAUAACUGAAAUGGGAGUUGCAGUCUGACAAGCUGUGAGCUGAUCACUAAUGAGUUGUGAUAGUGGCACUACGCAAAUUGGGGGAAGAUGUUUCAGGUUGUUAUUAACUUGUGCACGUCUACCAUUUAGACCAUAAAUGUCAAGAAAGGAUUGAAAGUUGACUUUUUUGCCAUUGAACUGAUGUGUACUACUCAUUUACUACAUAGCAAGACUUAGCAUUGAUUUACAAUAUGAAAUAUUUGGUAUUUGUUUGGUCCGUGCAUCAAACUUCAUCACUAAGAGCCUAGGAGGGAUUUAGAAAGGAAAAUUGCCGAAUUGAAAAAUGGUAAUAAAAAUAUUAUUAUCAUUAUUUUUCCUAUACAA